AUGGUCAAAGUUGCAAUCGCUGGUGGUCGUGGACACCUGGGUGCCACUAUUGCCGAGAUUUUGACCGAUGACUCUCGCCAUGAAUACAUCGUCUUGUCCCGAGGAGCGCCCAAGAACGAGAAAGAAGUCCAAGUCGACUACGAUGACAUCUCCGCCGUCACAGCCGUUCUCGAAAAGCACGAGAUUCACACCGUCAUCUCUACCAUGCUCGUAAUCUCCGAGCCUGCCGCAAAGUCUGAGACGAACCUUGUCAAGGCUGCUGCUGCCUCCAAGUUUACUGAACGUUUCGUCCAGAGCAUUUGGGGCGCGCCUGCUCCUGCUGAGCAAGUCCUUCCAUUCUGUUUGACGUUGAUCGGCGGUUAA